UUCUUCGCGGGUUCAUCCCCCUGGUACCUCCUAGACUGUCUAGAAAGUUCUCUGCCCUUCUUUAAGCGUCUGUGAGAUGCCAGAUUGCAGGACAACGUGGACUGGAGGCAACACUGCACAAAUCUUACAUUAUUAGCUGAUAGAAGCGUAACUGGUGCACAAGGAUAGAAAAGAUCCAGCGUAUCUAGUUGGAAGCUGUGUGUUAUUCUCGAGAAAGUUAAGCUAGCUAGUAUUGACGUUAGUCAGGUUGUUGCUUGCAGCAGUUGGUCUGAGGAGUAGUAAGGGCUUAAGCCACCAUAUCUAUUAGCCAGUGUUAGUUUGGAUUGUGGUGCAAGUCAGGGAAGAAGGGGCAGAUCCGCUUCAUGACGAUGACCGCAGAGGAGCAGACAAGUGAAGUACAACACACAGUCCCACUGGAGGGAGAGGAUAUCACACCAAAGAAAGAUGGGGGUGUUUUAAAGGUGGUUAAAAGGGAAGGCACGGGCACAGAACAGCCCAUGACUGGCGACAAAGUGUUUGUGCAUUAUGUGGGCACACUUCUGGACGGGACUCAUUUUGACUCCAGUAGAGACCGAGGAGAGAAGUUUUCCUUCGAGUUGGGCAAAGGACAAGUAAUAAAAGCAUGGGACGUUGGUGUAGCCACAAUGAAAAUUGGGGAGUUGUGCCAGCUCAUCUGUAAGCCGGAGUAUGCUUAUGGAUCUGCAGGCAGCCCACCCAAGAUACCCCCCAAUGCCACUCUUGUUUUUGAGGUGGAACUGUUUGAAUUUCAAGGGGAGGACAUAACUGAAGAUGAGGAUGGAGGAAUCAUCCGACGCAUUAUCACUAAAGGAGAGGGAUAUUCCAAACCUAAUGAAGGAGCUGCUGUUGAAGUAACUGUGCAGGGUACCUGCAAUGAACGUGUAUUUGACGAGAGAGAGUUGAAGUUUGAGAUUGGAGAUGGUGAGAGUUUUAAUUUGCCAGCUGGAGUGGAGAAGGCUAUCAUGGCUAUGGAACAGGGAGAGGAGGCGCUCUUCACCAUUAAGCCUAAAUAUGGUUUCGGGAGUGCAGGAAAUGUGCAGUUCAACAUUCCUGGUGGAGCAACACUGCAGUACAAGAUCAAACUAGCAGCCUUUGAGAAGGCAAAGGAAUCAUGGGAAAUGAACACAACAGAAAAGCUGGAGCAGAGCAGCAUUGUCAAAGAAAAGGGAACACAGUAUUUUAAGGAGGGAAGAUACAAGCAUGCGUCUGUGCAGUACAAAAGGAUUGUGUCAUGGCUGGAACAUGAAUCUGGUUUGUCAGAAGAGGAUGAAAAGAAAGCAAAAGCACUGCAGCUAGCUGCACACCUGAACUUGGCCAUGUGCUACCUUAAACUACAGGAGCCAAAUAAAGCCCUAGAACACUGUGACAAGGCUCUGGAGUUGGACGCAUCCAGUGAGAAGGCGUUGUUCCGAAGGGGAGAGGCGCUGUUCGGAAUGAACGAGUUUGAGAGGGCAAGAGAUGAUUUCCAAAAAGUCGUUCAGCUGUAUCCUGCCAACAAGGCUGCCAAGAACCAGGUGCUGCUUUGUCAGAAACGUAUAAAGGAGCAGCACGAGAAGGACAAACGCAUCUAUGCCAACAUGUUCCAGAAGUUUGCAGAGAGGGAUUCAAAGAAAAAAACAGAGAAGAAGAGUGAGAGCAUGGAAAACGGCGAAGAUGCAAUGGAGGUUGAGAACGCAGAAAAGGAAGCUGUAGGUGAAGCAAAAGCAUAGAUAAAGAUGCAGCUUUUUUUUUUUUUUUUUUUUUUUUUCUCUCCCCCCUGCUCUGCAGUUUAUCUGUACUUCAGACUUUUGUAACUCUGGCAAUUUGUGUUUUAAGGUGUGAUUGUGUAUGUGUGAGAAUGAUUAUGUCAUCGAGAGCACUGACCUCGGGUACGCCCUUGCUGGCUUUCUUUAUGUUGGGGCUUUUUGCUGUGGCAGCUAGCCAAGUGUGGGGUGAGGCAUCCUUCGCUGAUAGCACUGUGGGACGUGGAUUUAAGUGACUUGUAUGCCACAGUCCUCCCUCCCCCUCCCGUGAACCCCUUCACCCCCUCAACUUUGACCUGUGCAUGGUUUCACAACAGUUUGGGUAGGAAAAAAGUGCGUCCCAAAGUGUUAAGUGCAGUUUCAAAACCUUCACCCAUCAAGGGCUAGACCAUCCCCACCUUGCACUACCUUCUGUCUAACCCACCCCAUGUUUUUGCUACCCAUCCAAGCCUCUUCAUGGGCCUACUGAUCAAUUACUGGUGUGUUGGCUUUUUGCAUAAACCCAAUGUGUUUUCAAUGUUAGUGCCUAUGUCCCAAAGUAUGUAUGUAGCAGCACUGUCGAUAGGUGGAAUAAUAAGAUGUUGGCGUGAAAUAGCUGUCAGACUUGGAGCUUUUCUUUCAAUUUUAAACGGCGCUCACUUAUAACCCCUAGGGUACAGGACUGUUCACUUUUGCUUUGGAAAGGACUUUGUAAUUUUAUUUUAUUUUUUUCCUAGUGUUGUUCUUGUGAUUUCUGUAUUGUUCUCAAACUACAAAUACAACAGUUUACUUAACUGGAAUAUGUGCAUUUUAAAGCAGCUACAGUAGAAAGGACCUGAAUUAGCUUCUCAUGGACACUCAAGUAUUAAGCAGUUACAUCUUAGUCUUACCGUAAUUUACUGUAAAAAUAAAUAAAAGUAAUUGUAUGAAAGUGUACAUAUAAAACUUAUCAGAUACAGGUUCAGAUUGUGCACCUGAGGAUGAGUGAACUCCUUUUCAUUUUAGUCAGAAAGGGGUUGGAAAAACCAAAUGAGAGGGGCGUUUUGAAACAUGGCUGUGGGUUGCAUGCAGAGCUUAUGUGUCGGGGAAAGUUACUGCUUGUUCUGUCCUGACAGAAGGAUUUAAUAAACAAUGGAUACAACUCAACUGUGUGUGAUAUUUUUGAUUUGUACAUGCUUUUCGCACAGUUUUCAGUGAUCACAUGAGGAACACUGAGAACUGGUAAAGUUUGCAUUGACACUGUGCAAAAUAAGGAAUCUGCUGACAGUGUUGUCACGGCUGAGGAGGAGGAGGACUGAGCUGGGCUGGUGCUUUAUGAUGUGGAACUUGUUUAUACUUAUUAAAAGAAAUUCAUGUCAUUUUAAAUUCUUGAACGUCUUUAAAAGCUUUAAUGUUGAGUCUUGCUUCAGUUGAUGAACUGGCCAUUUAAGCUGUAACGAGGUUGAUUUGUAAUAUUUGCUAUUUGUAUUGCACAUUAAAUGAACUUGGGGUUUGCACUGUUUGUCAAAGUAAGCUAGUGCAAAACAAUGUGUGGUGUGGAACUGUAAAUGAAAUGCUUUUAUUAUUUCAUAUUGUGUUUUAAUGAAACAACGUUGAGUAAGAGCUGGAUGUGUUUUCUCUCCAUGGGAGAAAUAUUAAAUUCACUGUCCAAAAUACCA